UCUUUCUUGAAACUUCUCUUGAAAUUCCAGCAGUCGACGCCGUUCCACACGAAAACACAAUAAAUAGAAAUUACCAGGAAUUCUUCCCGCAACCCCUCUUCAAAAUCCCCUGCGACGCUGCCAGACCAAGAAUCAACCAUUACCCAAUAUAUAAACUAACCUUUCUGCCCUCAGAUUUCUCAAUCCAGAUUUUCCCAUUUCUCAAUCCCAUCAAAUAGCAAUCUGCUCAUUUCGCAAUCUCCUCAAAUCUCUUAAAAACCCAAAUAGAAAUGGCAUCAGCAGACACCCUUACAUCCUCUUUGCCAUUAGCUUACUCCGUUGGAAUUAUCUUCUUUCACAUAGUUUUCAAGUGCAUUGCCAGAUAUCAUGAUCUGUGCUUCGAGUUCAUGACGUUCUUCCGCUCACUAAUCCUAUUCAAUGUCGUGGAAUCAAAGUCUCUCCACGCGAGAAAAAUCCCAGAUUCUGAUAUCAACGAGGAGGUGCAGAGGAUGUCAACACAGCAUGUCGGUUUCAGUGAUGAAGUGGAUGCAAUCUUGGAUAGAGAAGAUGUUGAGAUGGUAAUGGCGAACCUUGGAAUUGCUUGUAAUUUGGACGACGAUAAGAUCAGUGAGUGUUUGGGUUCGGAUAAGAUUUCGGUGCUGUUCGCAGAGUUGGAACCGAGCUUGGAUGAAGUGAAGGAAGCUUUCUGUGUGUUCGAUGCGAAUGGUGACGGAUUCAUCGAUGCGGAAGAGUUGCAGAGAGUCUUACGUAAUUUGGGCUUUGGGGGAGUAUACAAUCUGCAUGCGUGUGAAGUGAUGAUCAGAGCUGUCAGUAAGAAUGGAGAUGCCCGGAUAGAUUUUAGCGAGUUUUUUAAAUUCAUGGAAAACAGCCUUUCUUUCCAGAUUUUCCCAUUUUUCAAUCCCAUCAAACAGCAAUCUGCCCAUUUCACAAUCUCCUCAAAUCUCUUAAAACCCCAAAUGGAAAUGACAUCAGCAGACUCCCUUUCACCCUCUCUGCCAUUAGCUUACUCUGUUGGGAUUCUCUUCUUUCACAUACUUUUCAAUUGGGUCACCAGAUAUCAUAAGCUGUGCUUCGAGUUCAUGUCGUUCUGCGGCUCACUAAUCCGAUUCAAGUUCGUGGAAUCAAAGUCUCUCGAUGAGAGAAAAAUCCCAGAUUCUGAUAUCAAUGAGGAGGUACAGAACAUGACGACAGAGCAUGUCGGUUUCAGUGAUGAAGGGGAUGUAAUGCUAGAUAGAGAAGAUGUUGAGAUGGUAAUGGCGAGGCUGGGAAUUGCUUGUAAUUCGGACGGUGAUAAGAUCAAUGAGUGUUUUGGUUCGGAUGAGAUUUCAGUGCUGUUCGCGGAGUUGGAACCGAGCUUGGAAGAAGUGAAGGAAGCUUUCUGUUUGUUUGAUACGAAUGGAGACGGAUUUAUCGAUGCGGAAGAGUUGCAGAGAAUCUUACGUAAUUUGGGCUUCGGGGAAAGAUACAAUCUGCAUGCGUGUGAAAUGAUGAUCAGAGCUGUCAGUAAGAAAGGAGAUGCCCGGAUAGAUUUUAGCCAGUUUAUGAAAUUCAUGGAAAACAGCCUUUCUUGAUUCCUCCUUUGGAUGUG